AUAAAUCAUUACUACGGCUUUUACUAUUAACGUUUAAAGAUAAUGAAAAGUGCCAAGGUUAUACAAAGGUUGUAACACUAUGGACAAUAAAAUGUUUCGAUGUCUCUUUGUACUUGUCUUUAUUGGAGAACUUCCGUUUUGUAUAGGACAAACAGAACCUAUGCUUCAUUGCUUUUCGUGUAAGGGAACCACACAGGCACAGCUAGAUUCGUGCAUUUAUGCGAGAGAAUGCAGGGACGAGUGUUACUUGAAUACAACUACUCUCUCUGAUGGAACGUGGAUAAAGACAUAUGGAUGUGCUAAGAGGCCGACCUGUAGUUCAUCAGUGGGCCCCUUUGGGAAACGUGGCGCUGCAUCAACGUCCGUUGAGUAUUGUGGAAAAGAAAUGUGCAAUAUAGACAUUAGUCAUUUCCAAGAGCCCCCGACUACUCCGUGUGGUGAUCUUUCUGCUAACGACUGUCACGACCCUCUCGCUUUGAAGUCAAUCUGUGCAGACUGCGAGACGGCCGAGUACUGCCGAAAAUCAUGUGGACUAUGCCACGAUCACUCGAAUACUUGGUAUGAGAACGUUGUGUUGUUUGACUAUGACGUAGUUCACAAAACGUGUAGUCACAGUUCAACAGUCAGCUCGGCCAUAUGCCAAAGCAUAAGUGAACAGGCUUACAAUGUGUUUGGAGUGGUACACAACAACUACACCAUUAAUGCGGCACAUUCAGAUAGUGACUACCUUAUUCUCCAUCAAACGAACAGUUACGUAAUCUUAAGGUUUAGGACCAACGGAGAGCCUCUCACAAAUCUACAACUCUACGCUUGUUCUACCACUGGUCAUGGCCGAGUAGAUGUAUUACUAAACAACAACGUCAUUGAAGAGUCUUAUGAUAAAACAAAUUACGCUCACCUGGCUUGGCAAAUUCAUAAACUGAAUGUAAAUCAGUAUCAGAACGUCAGAGAUUACACUCUGGUAAUACGGAAAGAUGCGCUUCAAGUCAGCUACGGCCAUUACUGGUUGAGUCAUGUUCGAUUGGAAAGCGUGGUGACUCAUCAUGGUCAUAGCGGUUAAUAUCGUUUGGGAAAAAGAGAAGAUUCUACAAACGGCCGCUUUCGGACGCAUGAAAUACUUAGAACAUUUGGCUGGAUUUCUGUAAAUCUCUAUGAAUAAUCAUUAGCAUUAAAAUGUAAAGCUAUA